ACCAGCGUGUAAAUGACAAUUUUAUAAUAGUCAAAUGGGGAGGUCUGUGUGAUCUGAGUGCCACCAGACUUAGGGUAAAAACAGGUCGAUUUUUAAAAGAAUAAUUUUUACAUUUGUUAAAUGACUUCAUCAGGACACUGCUGUGGACAAGCCGUGUUUGUCGUCACACCACUGAUGCACUGAUGCUACUGACAUAGACAAUACAUCUCCCACGUGAAAAUAAUUUCCUGAAAUAAAUAAAAGAUUAAGUGCCACACCUAGUGGCUGAAGGUGGUAGAGCAUUCAUUCACAGCUUGUAUUCCAAUCAGGAUGUGGAGCAGCUGCUGAGGGUGAUAAAACACUACCACAAGUGCCCUCUGUGACCGUCUACUGUUUCUUUAGUAGCUCAUACGUGUACAUACACUCCAAUCCUUUCCUUAGGUCCCUCUGCCACUACCCUGCUGUCACAUUUUGUCUCUUUGUAAUUGACGAGCAGUCAGCGAGGAGUGGACUGCUGCCAAUCCUCCGUAUCUCUCCUCACAAGAGAGAGGGGUGUAGUCCUGCCUGCGCAAUAAAGGAGGUGUGAAGUGAUGGUUGACUUGUGCGCCCAGCUCAUUACGCAGGAUGUUUCAAGCUUUUACGCUCACUAGGACCCAGAGGCAGCCCCGUACCGGCCUGUGUGGAGAAAGCAACACAUGUGAGUUUGUUUCUGCUGCGCUGCAGGACGCGGACUGGACGAGCUCGAGAAAGGAAACGCAGGUAAACGGAAUCUAAGCUUUUACAGAGAGGAGGAAAGGAAAUCCCCCCUGUUUCACCGCGACCACCUUUUUCCUCCUCCUCGGACCUCUGUUCUCUUGUGGAGACACAAGUUUCUCACACAAAGAGGGAUGCUGCAUGUUCCCGAGCCGCACUUGCACUUAGAGGGAACCUAAAAGUGGACCGGAGCGGAAUUACACUUCAUCUGAUGCAAGCGCACCAAAACGGACACUUCUAGUGACUGGAGGAUCAUCGCGCUUCAGAAAAUGAUCCCAGUCGGCGGCGUGAUAACAUGUCGCAUCUCGUCUGAUGUUUGACACACUUGAGGAUCGACUAAAGAAACUGGAGAAGGACAUUACAAAGUCAGAGAAUUCAUCCCGAGCCCUGUCGGCACCUUUUUACUGGAGUCCGAAAAACAGAUCGCCGUCCAGAUGCAGUUUCGACUCUUCUCAUUUGCCCUGAUCGUAUUGAACUGUAUGGAGUACAGCAACUGUCAGGCGCCGUCGCACCGCUGGAGGAGAAACAAAAGAGCUAGCUAUGGAGCGUACCCCAUCUGUAAAGGCUGCUCAGUGUGCUCCAGGGACAACGGCUGUGUAAACUGCCAGCCCAAACUCUUUCUGUUUUUGCGGAGGGAGAGGAUGAGGCAGUAUGGGGAGUGUCUUCAUGACUGUCCUGCUGGAUACUACGGCAUGCGCAGCCCUGAACUCAACAUGUGCUCCAGGUGCAGGAUAGAGAACUGUGAGUCUUGCUUCAGCAAAGACUUCUGCACCAAGUGCAAAUCAGGAUUUUACCUACACAAAGGGCGCUGCUUUGACAAGUGCCCAGAGGGCUUUGCCCCGCUGGAGGACACCAUGGAGUGUGGAGAGGGCUGCGAGGUGGGCCAAUGGAGCGAAUGGGGAGCCUGCACCAGGAGAAACAAAACCUGUGGCUAUAAGUGGGGUCUGGAGACCCGGACGAGGCACAUUGUAAAGAAACCUCCCAAGGACACUAUACCCUGUCCCACCAUUGCUGAGUCCAGGAUGUGCAAAAUGGCCAUGAGGCACUGCAGGAGAGGUGGCUCAGGGAAGCACCGAUCCAAAGAACCAAAGAAGAAGAACAAGCAGAGGCUGCGCUUUCGGGCACAGAACCAGCACAGCGACCACUUGGCUUCUGCGCGCACCAGCCAGUGAGGACUGAAAGUAUGGACUUCCCAUUGAACAAAGAACCAACGCAAAGCUGCUAGCCACUGCUUCACCCAUAUUCUGAUCGACGACUAUCCUGAACCCUACCACCUGCCCACCGCCCACCUGCCUCCCAGCCCAGCCCCCUGCCCUCUAGGACACAACCAUGACUCACAAGUCUGUCACUGCAAAAAUAUAUAUGAAAUGCACGAUUUAAAUAUCAACACACUAAACACAUGCUUCAUGCCUCUGCCUUCUGCAAAAAAAAAACAUGGAGGAUGAAGAGACAAAAGAGAUAAGAGAUUUGGCUGAAGCAAAGGAUGCUGAUGGACAAGAAAAUGGCAUCUUGAGCUGAAAGAGACUGCUUUUUUGGUCCUAUAUUUAUGUCAAAGCUACCCUCACCUUCCCCACUAAAUGGAGACGAAGUGUUCCCAUGUGUGGCCUUUAUGUUAUGUAAAUUUUUGAGAGUAAUAUUAAAGAAAUUACCAUGCAUAGUUGCAAAGUAUUUUAUUCUCAGCACAAACUGUUUACGUUCAGACCGCUUUAUGCUCUAACUGUAUAGUGUGGAUAAAAAAAGAAGAAAAUUAGUUGUUCGACUAGCAUGGCAACAGACUCAUGUGUACAUAGUUUAUCUAAUUAUGAAAGCUUAUUACUGUAUUUUCAGUAUUGACUCGUUCACCAUUCUAAAUGUUUUAGAGAUAAAAAGGUUGUAAUACCAAGCUACAGAUUAAAAUGAUUAAAAACAAAUAAUAAACAUAGCCGCCACAUAGCUAUUUCAUUUAUAUGGUAUAUAUUUGAUUUAUUUAUUAAUUCUAUGUUGUACUUUUUUGUUCCGUGAGAUUUUUUUGCCUCAUACUGUUACUCUUAUAUGCUGAAAUAUUCUUUGAGUUCCUUAUAACAGUGCAUAUCUUUAACACGUGGAAAAAGUUUUUGUCUGAUGUCACACAAAGUGUUGUAUUACAUUCAUUUGACCUCAUCUACUGAUUUCAAUGUUUUAAAGAGGAAGAAAAAAAGACAAGUAAACUAUGCUUUGACAUAUUCUAAGUUUAAUAAUUAGGAUCCAGCAAAUGUAUGGUCAUAGGACUGCAUAUGUGUACAUUGUGUUUUAUUAAAAUACGUUUCAUGUGACUGUA